UGGUGCUAGAGCUGCGCGUUUCGAUGCGCUCCAGAUCCCACCCUCGCUGACCACAAUGCCCUCUAAAGCCAGCUCUAAAGCUCGGUUGGUGCAGCCAUCGUCGCCAAAGGUCGCUAGAGCAAGCGCGUCAAUGAGCCCGCAUCCUCAACUGGAUCCUAUCACUGCCUUCUACAUUUUUCUCGCUGCCAAUGUUGCUGCCGCCAUCUUUUCCCCGAUCCAAGACUGCGACGAAGUCUUCAACUACUGGGAACCUACGCACUAUCUCAACCAUGGCUAUGGGCUGGAAACGUGGGAGUAUUCCCCCGAGUAUGCUAUUCGAAGCUGGGCCUACGCUGGUAUGCAUGCGGUUGUGAUAUGGCUCGGUCAUCUCUUGCCGUUCACUACAAAGGUGUUCGAAUUCUACUUUCUCAGAAUUGUCCUAGCUCUCCUCUGCGCAGCUUGCGAAACACGAAUGUAUUCCACCAUUUCCAGAACUAUGAAUCCCCGAGUUGCAAUAUUCUUCUUGAUGGCCAUGAUCUUUAGUCCGGGCUUGUACCAUGCUUCGCCUGCGUACUUGCCUUCCAGCUUCGCCAUGUAUACAACUAUGCUUGGGUUCUCGGCCUUUAUGGACUGGAAGGGUGGAAUGAGGACUGCUCAGGGCAUGCUCUGGUUUGCCAUUGGUGCUUUGCUAGGAUGGCCUUUUGCUGGAGCCUUGGCUAUCCCCUUCCUAGUGGAAGAAGCCCUCUUCGCGUCUAUUACUGGGGAAAAAUAUGAAGUGUUUAGGAGGGUGCUCGACGGAACAGUCCGAUCACUUAUCGUCUUGGCACUUCAAAUGGCCAUCGACACCUUUUUCUACAGGAAGAUCGUUUGCGUUCCGUGGAAUAUCGUUCUCUACAACGUAUUUACCGGAGGUAGCAAGGGCCCGAACAUUUACGGUGUGGAGCCAUGGCACUUCUACGCUCGCAAUCUUUUCCUCAAUUUCAACGCUUGGUUUGUUCUCGCCAUAGCCGCGCUCCCAUUGCUCCUUUUCCAACACACUGUUCGCCAAAGAGCAGUCUCGAAGCAAACCCUACUUCGGGGAAUCGUUUUUGUUACGCCAUUCUAUUUGUGGUUUGCUAUCUUCACUCUGCAGCCCCACAAGGAAGAGAGGUUUAUGUAUCCGGCUUAUCCAGCUUUGGCACUCAACGCAGCAAUCUCACUGCAUAUUCUACUUGCAAACCUUGGAUCAACGGAUCCACAUGACCUUGCGAGUAAGAUACCUACGAAGUUGAAGCUAGUCAUUGUGAGUGGCUUUGUUCUUGGAACUUUGAACGUCGGCAUCCUUCGUAUUAUUGGAACCAUGACUGCCUAUUCGGCUCCGUUGCAGGUCUAUGCGCCGUUGCAGCAACCGGGGGUGUCGAAUGCGGGCGAUAACGUUUGCCUGGGAAAGGAAUGGUACCGCUUUCCUUCUACGUACUUUCUCCCAACCCGAGUUCGAGCAAAGUUCGUGAAGAGCGAGUUUUCUGGUUUGCUCCCAGGCGAAUUUAGCGAAGCAAGUGUUGGGUUCGGAAUUUUUCCGGGUGCCUGGUUAACACCUCCUGGCAUGAAUGAUGAGAACCGGGAAGACCCAGGGAAAUACGUUGAUAUCAAACACUGCCAGUUUUUAGUAGACUCACAUUUCCCCGGCGCUUCGAGGUCGCCUUUGGAGCCUAACUAUAUUUCUGAUUCGGAGAAUUGGGAAAAGCUAUCUUGCGCAACAUUUCUCGACGCAAGUCAAACUUCGAUUUUGAGCCGUUUGCUCUGGGUCCCGGACUGGGCUUUCAUUCCCGAGCGAUACCGUCGGAGGUGGGGUCAGUACUGUUUGCUGCGUCGUAAAAGCCAAAUGUGGAUUCCUCAAGAUUUCAAGCGCCCUGCUGCCCCUCCCUAUCCCGAGUGGUCCGUCGAAAACACAAAGCCAUUGCCAUAUCGUCCAUUUCGCUAUGGACCCAAGUACAACGUGACCAUGGGUCUACGUACCAUGCACUGGGAUGAGUGGAUCGAGCUCGACAAUCACUACAUGAAGUUCCACGAUCUCAAAGCCCAACGCAUUGUUGAAAGAGGACCGAAAUGCAGCCAUACCGCGCCUGAAGCUUUUGAUGGUGCGUGUGAGUUGGUGGAGGAGUUAUGCGACUACCUGCCGCAGCGGUAUCCCAGCCUAUAUCGGAAGACAGACGUUGGGAUGGAUAACAUCGUGACUGGGGAGACGUUCAAUAUCGUUGAGCGGCCGUUGAAGGAAGACCCUAUGCAGAUGGCAGCACGCUUCGUACAAGACGACCUCGCCAUCAUGUUUGAGAAGCCUGAUGGACAGUACUAUCUCCUUGCUGGUUCCAUUCUUCUCGCUGGAUUUUGGCGUCUGGAAGACAAGCUUGGCAUGCCCCUCUCUGAAAUCCACACGAGCGGUGACGUCCCGCAGUUCAAAGAAAAGCUAGAAAAGGGAAUGACGAACUUCUUCAAACGCGUGCAGCCCGACAAAGCAGUCCUGCGAAACAACUACUUCAUUCAAGUCGACGAUGCGCUCGCAUGGAGCCACAGCAUUGGCAGUGAGGACAGCGACGGCAUUGGCUGGUUCACCGCAGAGAAGAACAAGGCGAUCCGACAUCACUGGUUCCGGAGCGAAAGACAGAGUUUGCGACGGCUUCCUCGUUCCGGUGGCGUUGUCUUCACUAUCCGAACUUACUUCCAUCCCAUCACCGAAAUAUGCGAAGAGCCAUAUGUGCCGGGAAGGCUAGCGAGUGCGGUGCGCAGCUGGGGUGAUGACGUGAGCAAAUACAAGGGCAAGGAGAGAUAUCAGGAUGUGUUACUCGAAUAUUUGGACCGAAAGCAUGAAGAGCAGGUAAAGGACGGACUGGAUUUGACGAAGGAGGAGGAAGUCAGGGCAUACCCUUUCUAAGAGCAUGGUUCAGGAUAGGUGAGUCCGGAGGUUACUGGCUGUUGGGUCGGGUACCUGAAUAUUUCGGUAUGUUGGACGGGCUUAUGGCAGGGACACUACAGUUAGUGCUCUAGGAUAACCUUUCUUGAUAAAUUUAUGUUGUUGCG